AUGACACCCAAGCCAGCCGCUGACCCUGCAGCCCCUGCAGCACCCCUCGAUCGCAGACCGAUCAUCAUAUCCGGACCCUCUGGGGUCGGCAAAGGAACGCUAGCCCAAAAGCUAAUCGACAAGUAUCCCCAGACAUUCGCACUAAGCGUAUCUCAUACUACCCGAAGCCCACGCGCUGGCGAGAUAGACGGCAAAAGCUAUCAUUUCGUCACUCCGGCUACAUUCUCCACACUGAUCUCUCAAGAUACAUUCGUGGAAUACACUACUUUCAAUGGCCAUCAAUACGGCACCAGCAAGAUCACGAUCGCCGAAAUAAUGGGCAAGGGAAUGAUUCCUGUCUUAGAUAUAGAGAUUGAUGGGGUGCAGCAGAUCCGGGAGAGAUCUAGUAUCGAUGCGCGCUAUGUUUUCAUUAAACCGCCUAAUCUAGAAGCUCUCGGUGCGCGACUACGAAGUCGUGGGACGGAGAGCGAGGAUGAUGUGUUGUCAAGGCUGGCCCGGGCUCGGGAGGAGAUUGAGUUUGCUGAAACGAGAGGGUUUUAUGAUAAGAUCAUUGUUAAUGGUGAUUUGGAGAGAGCGUUUGGAGAGCUGGAAGAAUUUUUGCUUCGAUCGUCUGAGUGA